AAGAUACAUACGUUUCGCAAGCUAACAACAAUCCUUGUUUUAAAAAUCAAAAUGAUUUUCUCCGACUACGUAAGUGACGAUAGCAGCAGUGAAGAAGAAACAACGGUAGAUCUGGCAAAACCGCGCCGACUGCUUCGAAGUGUUUUCGACCCGUUACAGCUUUCCAACCAAGCGUGAGUUAGGCAUGCGGCUCAUUUGUGCAAACCGUGUCAAACAUAUGUGGUUGUUCUUAAGGGAAAGGAAAGGGUUAAGCGAAAGGGGCUUAAGCCAAAUGAAAUUUUGGCUGCUGCUCUGCGAUUUCUAGCUGAAGGCAGCUACCAAAAUGAAACCGGUAAUGAUUACAAAAUAGCUAUUGCCCAGCCUACUUUCUCGGUAGCCUUUGCAAAGUGCUUGAAUGUAAUCGAAGAAACUCUUGGGAACAAAUGGAUCUCUUUAAUGAUGGAACCAAAUGAGCAACAAGAUGCACGUCGAUACUUCUUCUCAAAAAGUGGCAUUCCUGGUGUAGUGAUGUGUGUUGAUGGAACACACAUAAAAAUUAUUGUACCAGUGGACGAUUACGAUCAGCAUUAUAACCGGAAGGGCUAUUACAGCCUAAACGCGAUGAUUAUUUGCGACCAUCUCAUGAAAAUUCGGUAUGUGAAUGCCAAAUUUGGAGGAGCCAAUCACGAUUCACAUAUUUGGAAUUUAAGUGGAAUGGACAACUUUUUCGAAACAAAACAUCGAAGCGGAGAAACUGCAUUCAAGCUACUAGAUGAUGCUGAAUACCCGUCAAAACCAUGGUUAAUAACACCAAAACGUAAUCCUGCUCCAAACACACCAGAAGCUCCCUUUAAUAAAAAUCAUUCUUUAUGUAGAGAAAUAGUGGAGCGCUCGGGUUGCUCAAAAAUAGAUUUAGGUGUUUGUUAGGUGCUCGACAGUUGCACUACAUCCCGUUAAAAGCAACUCAAAUAACGAACGUAUGUUGCAUCUUACACAACAUGUGUAUUGCGUAUGGAUUGGAAGAGCUAAGCUCAGAUAAAUA